AUGGACGCCCUCGACCGUUCCUACACAUACGGGAAAUCUCCACUACUUCAAAAUGCUCUCUCAACGCCCUUCAAGACCUACCUCUUUGGCAAACCAAUAUCCCAUUCCCUCUCCCCUCUCGUCCAAAACACAAUGUACCAACAGAUCCCAUCCGAAUGGACCUUCCAUCUCGCCGAAACAACCGACCCAAAAAUCUUCCAAGAAACGAUAUCGGACCAAUCCUGCAUCGGCACCUCGAUCACAAUGCCAAACAAAUUAUCCUUUCAACCCCUCCUGGAUGACAUUACCGAAGAAGCCCGCAUAAUGGGCUCCGUAAACACAACCUUCGUCCGCAUUGAUCAAUCCGGAAAACGAAAAAUAGUUGGAACAAACACCGACUGUCUCGGAAUUCGAGACGCAAUUCUACAGAACUGCCCUGACGCUGCCGAGAAAGCUAAAGACAAAGUUGCGUUGGUGACUGGAGCCGGCGGCGCAGCUAGAAGCGCUAUAUAUGCAUUAUGGAAAUGGUUCAGCCCGUCAAAGAUUUACGUGGUCAAUAGAUUGGAAUUUGAGACACGGGAAAUGAUUGAUUGGUUUCGACGUUCUAUCCCGGACUUGAUGAUUGAGAUUGUGAUGCCAGCAGCUGCGGUAAUGCUUGAGCCGUUUAUUGUUAUUGGGACGAUUCCCAAUUUCGAGCCGCAGAGCCAGGAGGAGAAGUUUGUUCGUUCCACUAUUGACCAGGCUCUUAUGCAUUCUCAGAAGGGUGUUGUGGUUGAUAUGUGUUAUUCACCGUCUGUAAGGACGUAUCUUUAUGCGUCGGCGGAGCGUGAGGGUUGCAAGGUUGUUUCAGGGGUGGAUGUUGUGGUUCGAGUCUGUCUUGCACAGCAAAUACUGUGGCUGGAAAGGGCUCCGGAUAAACGUGGGGUUGAUGAGGUACUAGCUGCUGUUGGGAAGAUUCAUUAA